GGGAUGACACCACCGAUCCUCCGAGCGUUGAUGGGGGGGAGGAGGAGGCUUUUGGGGUCCAGACCAACAACCACAUCUUUUCAACGUCAUUUGUUCCACCCUCACCAACGGCUCCCAAAGUUGUUUUGGUUGAGGUGCCUACAUCUUCAUCUUCAUCUUCACCUGACGAGCUUCUAGGCUUCUAAGCUAGCUCACUUUUGAAAUCAAAUCCCAACAUGGCCGACGGUUCCGUCCUCUUCUCCCUAGCGCCGUACCACAUACUAUCGUACGGCACCCUACUCGGGACGCAAGUGUUCCACACCUUUUUCAACUCCAUCGCCGCUUUUAGAGUCCUCGAGCGCCCUCAGUUCGCAGUCCUCCAACGGGCCGUCUUCCCCUCGUACUUCGGCAUCCAGGCUGCCGUGCCCGUCGUCCUCGCCCUGACGUACCCGAGCAACCGGAGCGCUGGAACGGCUUGGGGAUUCGGUGGCGUGUUCCACGCAUCGAACCGCUGGGGUGUGCUUCUGCCGCUCGGUUUGAUGACUCUGACGGGUGUCGUCAACCUCAUCUACUUCCUCCCCGAGACGAAUAAGAUCACCGCUCUCAGGCGCGCUCAAGAGAAGAAGGACGGCGGGCAGAACUCGAAAGAAAUGGCGGCGCUGAACAAGCAAUUCGGAAAACUGCACGGAAUCUCGUCGCUUUUCAAUCUCAUCACACUCAUCGCCACCGUUCUCUACGGCGUCAACCUAUCUUCUCGAUUUGAGUAGGAGAUGGGGGUGGAGAAGGGAGAGAUGAGCCAAGGGGCAAAAUGAGGGAGAGGGGAUUCAGCUGGUUACUCUAGAGAUGAUGUAUGAAUCCCGUGCACAUGAACCGGAUGAAACGCCAAAUACCGUCAAUCAAGCCAGAUCUGUUGCAAACCAGACGCGCGUUCUGUUUAACAUUGUUUCCAUUCUCGAACCUAUGGAACCGGGGCUUAACUGCGGUAGGGAUUGGCUUGGCUUAUUGAUCCAUUACCAUGUAACUGGAUAAUGAAACGGCAUAAUAAAACUCCUAGU